AAGUAUUUUUCUAAUUUAUUGAGGAUAUAAUAAUGUCACAAAAUAAGCUAUUUCUCAAGAGAUCCCUAUGAUCAAAGUACUUAGUACUUUAAUAGCUGUUGGAUUGAAUUGGGGACCCACAUUUCUGUACAUGAAGAGAAAAAUGUACUUAAACCAAACCUAAAUUCAAUGGGUUGCUAUUUCCACAUAAGACAUUCCAUUCUCAGCUUUCAGGCAAGUCAAUAGACAAGAUCCUUUCUCUCUCUCUUUCUAUCUCUCCACUACUUCAUAAUCUCCUUAUCUUUCUCCAAAAAGUUGAAUUUACAUCCUUAGAAUCAAAAGUGUUGAGACAGAGUAUCUAAGAAUCUGAAUUAUGAACUCCAAUCAGAAGCACAAUACAGCAGAGAAAUUUGCUGAGUACAAGAAGCAAGAAACAGAGAAGUUUAAGGUUGAAGAAAAAGAAACCCAACAACCAAUUCAAGACUCAUCAUCAACAACUUCCCCUCUUCUUCCUUCAGCUUCUUCUUCUCCUUCACAUGAAUUUUCCUUCACAAUUUCUCUCCAUUCUUCCUCUUCUGACAAAAACAAACCAACUCCUUCUUCCUUUGCCAUUGAUUUGUCUCCUGCAGAUGAUAUCUUCUUCCAUGGCCACUUGCUUCCCCUUCAUCUCCUGUCCCAUCUUCCUUCUUCGCCUCGUUCCUCCACCAAUUCCAUGGACAGUUUCACCAUCCCAAUCAAAGAGAUAUGGGACAAUGAAGAGCCUCUCAAGGACAGCUCUAGUUGUAGCACCAGCAGCAUCAAGAAUCAGGAAACUGAACCUACUGAAACAGGUGGGAGAACCAAAUCGAAGCCUUUCUCGUUGUUUGGAUUUCCGAGAUGGCGAAAAGGAUGCGAGAUUACCGAGCAAGACGAUAAAGCAAAGCACAAGAGGAAGUUGGGGUUUGAUGUUAGUCAGGUUCUCAAACGAUAUGCAAGAGUGGUUAGGCCAUUGUUGUUCUUCAGAUGGAGGAAAGAGAACUUGCAUAUUCGUCGUCAAGCUUAUUCGUUUUCUGGUAAUUUGAAUCCUCGAAACAAGCAAGAAUUCAGAGGAAGAAGAGGAGAAUUCUCAGCACCAGCAUCCAUGAGAACAUCCCCGACAAAUAGCGGCCUUCUCGUUGCAACUCCAUCUAUGAGUUCUGCUACAAGUGAUAGCACCAUGGAAGAGUUGCAAUCUGCAAUUCAAGCUGCCAUUGCUCACUGUAAGAACUCCAUAGCUAAAGAAGAUAAAACCAAUGUCAAGAGUUGAGAUUAACAGUAAAUCUUCUAUGCUUGCGAAUACGGAUUUCUGUAAAAUAUCUACGCAUAGAGGUGUCAAUCAUUUAAACUGCUUGCAUGGCUUCCAAAAGCUCAGAGAAAUGAAGUUGGUAUUUAAUGUAAAAAGGCCAAUGAUUAAUUGUUCUUAUACACUAUUCUUGAUCGUGAAUUAUAGUAAUUUGAAAA